AUGCUUGCCACCACAUUGCUCACGCUGUGCGCGGCCGCAGCCAGUGUCUCGGCGUUGCCGCAUUUUCCCCAAGUACCAAAGCGCCUCUUGAGGAGCAAUGGCACCGACACCAACCCGUUCACGGGCAAGAAGCUGUUUGCCAACCCGACCUGGGCGACCAAGCUGGAGCAGACAUACGACGCCUUUGUGGAACAAGGCGACGAGGCCAACGCGGCCAAGGUCCGGGCCAUCCAGGACGUGGGGACCUUUGUCUGGAUCACGGACCGCGCCGGGCUGAGCAACAUUGACGCGGCCGUCGCGUCGGCGCGCGCGGCCAAGGCGGCAACGGGCGUCGACCAGAUUGUCGGCCUGGUGCUCUACAACCUGCCGGACCGCGACUGCAGCGCCGGCGAGAGCGCGGGCGAGCUGAGCAGCGCCGACAAUGGCCUCGAGAUUUACAAGACCGAGUUCAUCCAGCCCUAUGCCGAAAAGGUCGCCGCCGCCACUGACCUCACCUUUGCCAUUGUCCUGGAGCCCGACUCUCUCGGUAACCUCGUGACCAACAUGGGCGUCGAAUUCUGCGCCAAUGCCGCCGACACGUACAAGGAGGGCAUCGCAUAUGCCAUCUCGAGCCUGCAGUUUAGCAAUGUCAACCUCUACAUUGAUGCGGCCCACGGCGGUUGGUUGGGUUGGGAUGACAACCUUGAGCCUGCCGCCAAGAUCUUUGCCGAGGUGGUACAAAAGGCAGGUAAUAAUACCAAGAUCCGCGGCUUCUCGACCAACGUGUCCAACUACAACCCGUUCCUGGCCAACCCGCGUGAAAACUACACAGAGUACAGCAACUCGUAUGACGAGUCGCACUACGCGUCAUCAUUGGCGCCGCAUCUUGAGGCCAACGGCCUCCCUGCGCGCUUCAUCAUUGACCAGGGCCGCGUCGCUCAGUAUGGCGCGAGGGCCGAGUGGGGAGACUGGUGCAAUGUUGCCCCUUCAGGCUUUGGCGCCGUGCCCGGCACGACCAUCAACAACACCCUCGUGGACAGUCUCGUGUGGGUCAAGCCCGGCGGCGAGAGUGACGGUGAGUGUGGUCUGGCGGGUGCUCCCAAGGCGGGCGUAUGGUUCGAUGACUAUGUCCAGAUGCUCGUCAAGAACGCAGAUCCGACGGUCGAACGUGCGGCCUCCAAAUAG